GCCCCCCAAGGACUCUGCACCGGGUUAUCGCCGCGUGGGAUGUCUUGCAACAACUACGCGGAAAAUCCAGCAGGAGGCCAACUGGGCCCGGGGCGGAGGUCAGAGCGGGGAAAGGAGGAGGGCUUCUCCGGCCGGCGGCGGGAGAGUUUAGGGUUAGGCACCUCCUGCGGCCAAUCCCGCCAGCGUGAUUGUGACUUGCUGCCUCCAUCCAGGGGCUGCUCCAAAAACUCCGCCGUUCGGCUCCUGGAGCAACUUUGAACCGGGGAAGGCGAGAGAUUGACGGAGGGAUCGGCCUGGGGACGGAGCCUCCUCCCCCCCGCGGCAUGGCGAAUCCUCCUCCUCCUCGCAACCUGGGACAGAGACCCUUUAAGAGGUGGGGGCAGCGCCUGGAGGGCUUGGCUAGUGGGUGAUUUAGGGAGCGGGCCGCUAGGACAGCCGCCUUAAAAACGCCCUGAGAAGAGAAACACAUUUUGGUCCGGGGGAGGGAAAAGAAAGCCGAACCACCAUCAAAGUCCCCCCUCCAAACUUUUCGCAUUUUGGCCCAGUGAAUGAGAUUUCCACCCCCGGCUCCCUUCUCCUCCGCGUCUCUACCCCACCCACCUACCCACCCCUCCACCCAUCCGUGCCCCGGGCGUGGAAUUUAAAAUAGGAUGGUGGUGCACAACGCCGAGCUUCGCUUGGCGCUGAUUUGCCUCCUCUUGCUGCUGGCUGGAGCGAAGCCGAGCCGGGAUCCUGCUGCGGCCAGCUGCGAAUUCCGCGGAAAACAAAGUGAGCUGAACUCCUUCCUGUGGACUAUAAAGAGAGACCCGCCAUCUUACUUUUUUGGUACCAUUCAUGUCCCUUAUACUCGAGUCUGGGAUUUUAUCCCUGAGAAUUCUAAGAAAGCCUUCCAGGACAGUCAUAUUGUCUACUUCGAGCUGGACCUCACUGAUCCCUACACAAUCUCUGCUUUGACCAGUUGCCAGCUUCUACCACAGGGCAAGAACCUUCAGGAUGUGCUCCCCAGGGACCUUUACCGCCGACUCAAGCGCCAUUUGGAGUAUGUCAAGCUGAUGAUACCUUCCUGGAUGACUCCAGAUCAACGAGGCAAAGGCCUAUAUGCAGACUACCUCUUCAAUGCCAUUGCAGGCAACUGGGAGAGGAAAAGGCCUGUUUGGGUCAUGCUAAUGGUGAAUUCUCUGACUGAAGUGGACAUCAAGUCACGGGGUGUACCUGUUUUGGAUCUCUAUCUGGCUCAGGAAGCAGAACGCCUCAAGAAGCAGACAGGUGCAGUCGAAAAAGUAGAGGAACAAUGCCAUCCAUUGAACGGUCUCAAUUUUUCUCAGGUGAUCUUUGCUUUGAAUCAGACUCUCUUGCAGCAGGAGAAGCUCCGAGCAGGCAGUCUACAGAUUCCUCACAGUACAGAGGACCUUAUCAAGCAUUACAACUGUGGAGACCUCAACAAUGUCAUCUUCAAUCAUGAUACUUCCCAAGUCCCAAAUUUCAUCAAUGCAUCUCUGCAACCUCAUGAGCGCAUCAUGGCUCAGGAGAUUGACAACUACUUCCGCCAUGAGCUUAUCUACAAGCGGAAUGAGCGGAUGGGCAAGCGAGUGAAAGAUUUACUGGAAGAGUAUCCAGAUAAAAGCUUCUUCUUUGCAUUUGGUGCUGGUCAUUUCAUGGGCAACAAUACAGUCGUAGAUGUUUUGAGGAGAGAAGGAUACAAAGUAGACCAUACAUCCGCUGGGCAAGCAAUCAGUGGAAAAAAUCAACAUAAGUUCUUGUCCGCCCUCUCCUCAACAUCUCCAGAAUAUGCCUCUUACAUUAUCUCCCAAGAGAUCCAACAACAGGAGGAAGAAGAGGAGGAUGACCUAUUGCCCCACACAUUAUUGCCCGAAAGCAUGGACCUCCUGGAGAAAGCAGAGCGGAAAUACAAGAAGAAGAAACAGCAGAAGAAACAGCGUUUACGUCAGUUCAAUGAUCUUUGGGUACGCAUCGAGGAAAGCACCACAGAGCCACCUCUGCGGAUUCAUAUAAUUAAUGGUUACAUUUCUGUGGAAUCUCAGCCACGAGGACACAAGAAAUCCCGCCAUAUCCAGGCAGAAAUGAGUUCUUCUAGCAAACCCUUUCUAUUCUUCUUCACUUUGACUUUUGUGUUGCUUAUAAUGAUCUAUUGAAGCUAGAAUGACUUUCCCAUAUUCAGCU